AAGGGCAGAGAGGGAAAGUGAGGGCUGUUGACGCCAGGAAGGCUCCAUCUUGGUUAAGGGCAGGAGUAGGGACGUUACGGACUUGCUUGAGGAAAGACAGGAAAGCGCCAGCAUCUCCACCUUCCCCGGAAGCCUCCCUUUGCCAGGCAGAUAGGGUUUCCCAUGGGGCGGCCCCUGGCGCCGCGCCCGGCCCAUGUACGCGGGGAGGCCGAGUCCCGGAGGACUAGGGAAAGCAGGCCGGGCGCCGUGAGCUUCGCGGCCGUAGCCGUGUACUUCCCUCCCGAGGAGUGGGGCUGCCUGCGGCCCGCGCAGAAGGCCCUGUACCGGGACGUGAUGCGGGAUACCUUCGGCCGCCUAGGCGCGCUAGGAUUUUCAGGCCCCAAACUCGCUUUUAUCUCGGGGGGGCGGGUAGGAGAAGUGGAGGCGUGGAGCCCGGAGGCCCAGGAUCCCGAGGGUGAGAGCCCAGCAGCUCUCAGCAAGGGCCAGGGACAGGAAGCAGAAUCUAGGGAUGGGAAUGAGGAGAAGGAAAGGCUGAAGUGUCCAAAACAACAAGACGUGGCGCAUGAAGUGGCUGUCAAGGAGUGGUUGCCCAGCGCCGCCUGCCCAGAGCUCUGCAACCCUAGGCAGAGCCCCAUGAAUCCCUGGCUCGAGGACACUCUGACCCGAAGACCGCCCCACUCUUGCCCAGACUGUGGCCGCAACUUCAGCUACCCUUCCCUCCUGGCCAGCCACCAGCGACUCCACUCCGGGGAGCGGCCCUUCCCCUGUGGCCAGUGCCAGGCGCGUUUCUCCCAGCGCAGGUACCUGCUCCAGCAUCAGUUCAUCCACACCAGCGAGAAGCCCUACCCCUGCCCCGACUGCGGGCACCACUUCCGCCAGAGGGGUUCCCUGGCUAUCCACAGGCGGGCUUACACCGGGAAGAAGCCUUAGGCGUGCUCAGACUGCAAGAGUCGCUUCACUUACUCCUACCUGCUGGCCAUCCACCAGCGCAAGCACACGGGCGAGAAGCCCUACAGCUGCCCCGAUUGCAGCCUUUUCGCCUACACCUCCCUGCUGGCCAUCCACAGGUGCACACACACCGGCGAGAAGCCCUACCCCUGUUCUGACUGGGGCCUCCGCUUCACCGACUCUUCCCUACUGCGCAGUCACCGGCGCGUUCACUCGGACAGUUGGCCCUUCUGCGUGGAGUGUGAGAAAGGCUUCAAGCGGAAGACCGCCCUGGAAGCCCAUCAGUGGAUCCACAGCUUCUGCAGUGAGAGGCGCGCGUGGUGGCAGGCCUUGGUGGGGCGUUCAGAGCCCGUCACUGUUUUGGGAGGCAAGGCUCUCCCAAUUCACUUCCGGCACUUUCCAGAUAUAUUUCAAGAGUGUGGGUGAUGGCAUUCACACAAACUAGUCAGCGUUUUCUCUGGAGAGGAAGAGGCAAGCUUUGUGCAUUUGAGGGAUAAGGAAGGGAAGUGGGCGUUUGAGGAAAACAAAGUUCUGCCUUAGGAAAAAAGCAGAAGUAGGGGCACAGACAGCUGUGGGGAGGAGGCAGGAAUCUGAAAAGGUGCCUGGGGGGUGACCCCAUUUUCUGAAGCUCCAGCACACAGGGCCGCGUGUUCCACGUCCCAUCCUUCACUGAAAACCAUUUACCUAACUGGCUUUUCCUUCUUGAUUGUUCUCUCUCUUGUAGCGCUCUACUUUUUGGCCUGUAUCACCUACUCCUCUGAGAUGGGGUCCCCUGCAUUCCAGUGCCUAUUAAAGGAGCCUGCACCCACUCUGGAUCCCCCAGAAUAGAGGGCAUACCUAGGGCCUGUCCCUCAGGGGGGUGGGGUGGGAAGCUCAUCUCAGGAUAAUUUUUUUUUUUUUUUUUUUU